CAGCCCGGUACUCUGACUCAUCACCCUUGCUGAUGCAUCCGACCACCGCAGAGUCAUCAGAAAACUUCUGAAGACGGCAGACCCAAGAGAAGUUACCCUUUUCCCUGCGGUGGGGGCAAGCAGACCACCACCGGCCCGACAGUAGCAGGGAGGCCCAGCGUCACAGACUCCGACCAGACUGCCAACUCCUCCCAGCCCCCAGCCUCGAUGGAGUGCAACGAGGGUGUGAAGACCCCAUACCUCACUCCGCCCACUCAUAUGUCGUGUUGCUGCAUGCUGUUCUAAACUGCAUUUAAAACAUGGGAGGGGCAUGGUGCUUCCUGCCAGAAAGCAAUAGGUGUCAGCACGGCCCCCACCGAGAACACUCAAUGUCUAUAUGCUUUUAAAAUUAAGAGGUAGACACCGGCCCCAGAGGCUGGGUUGGAUAUACAAACCGUACUCUGGACGCCGUAUAUCACGCUCUCUCUCCCGCUUAUUGAAUAACUGUGGCGAACCCUGACAGGUCAUUCUCGCAGUCGUGACCUCCCAGGUGUGUCAGGUUAAUGAUCAGAAGGGGCAGUGGAAUGGGCAUCCCCCCGGAACAAAUCACAUAUCAAAACAAAAAGCAUGCAAUAACCCCACAAAAAUAAAACACUACAUGCUAGUAAAAGAUCAAAAAAUAAAACACAGCACUACAUGCAAGGAGAUAAAAACACCAAGUUAAACCUGUCCAUUCCACCCUGUGACACAGCCACCAGGAAAACACCACCCAAGAGUUACCAGAGCCUCCACCAGAAUAUGACCACAGGCCCCAUGCUGUGCUCUCCAGGGAAAACGUCCCUAGGGAAUCCCCAGACGCCCCAAGCCUGCACCUACCGCCGCACCAGCGAUACUAGGAAAGGUGGGACAAAACUACGACCCCCCACCCCCGCUGGAGCUGAUCACACUUAGUGGUGUUUGUAAUUCAACUUGACUGGGUUUAGAUUUCUUUUUGGUAGUGGAGGAGGUGCGUCGACGUCGACAGGAGGAAACAGCCAGACAUGCCAGAGCCGUAGCGCUGGCCAAGCAGGGUCGCUGGAUGAAUUGGGAGAGUGUUGAAAAGAGGAAACUCUCAUGGAGUGAAUUCUGGGAAAUGGAGUCUAACAGACUAAGUGUCAUCAUCCGAGCGACAUACGAUGUGCUACCUUCUCCAAUAAAUCUGCAGCUGUGGUUUGGAAAGGACCCAGCCUGCCCCCUGUGUACAGUCCCAACCACACUCAAGCACAUCUUGGUUGGUUGUGGGACUAGCCUUACUCAGGGCAGAUACACAUGGAGACACAACCAGGUCCUCAGGUGUCUAGCCGAGAAAGUUGAGCGCAAAAGAAAAUCCAUCAAUGCUCAACCUUUUACGAACCAAGAGGAGCGUCAGUUUUCAUCAGCAUUUGUCCGGGAGGGAGACAAGCCGAGGAUAAGCCCCUCAACCCCGGACCUGGGCCCACUGAAGGUUGCCAUGGAUUGGCAGAUGCAAGUGAACUUGGAUAAUGGGCUAAUUUUUCCAACAGAGAUCGUAACAACUACUCUACGACCAGACCUUGUCCUAUGGUCUAACACCCAAAAACUUGCGUACGUCAUUGAGCUGACGGUACCAUGGGAGGAAGCAAUUGAGGAAGCAUUUGAGUGUAAGAAGCUGCGGUAUGCCAACUUGGCAGCUGAGGCAGAGGACAGAGGCUGGAAGAUCAAGGUGCGCCCGGUGGAAGUGGGGUGCAGGGGCUUUGCUACCAGUACAACAGCAAAACUGCUUAGAGAGAUUGGGAUCAGAGGACAGGCGCAACGGCAGGCUAUAAGAGAAUUAGUUAACACUGCUGAGAGGACCAGUCACUGGCUAUGGCUAAAAAGGGCUGACAUCACUUGGGCAGCUAAGGCAGUCAGCUAACCGUGAGACACACGCCCAGGAUUGAUCGACCCGUGGUGGUCCUGCCUCAACUGGGGGCGUCAAAAGGGUAAAACAUAACAUUCGUAUUUUUGCUGGUUGACUGAUACAGCUGUCUCAGGGCCUCCUGGGGACUGUGCAGUUAACCUCAUGGUAGUGAAACCAGGAGGAAUGAAAAAAUAGGAAAGAAAAAUGUUCCAUUCUUCUCCCCUCUGUUCUUCUUCCCUUUUCUGGGAGGCAGUGGGGAGGUAGAGCGUACAGCCCGAUCCGGCAGGGAGGUGUGGGAAGCCAGAUCAGGCGCCCCCCUUCCGGCUCUCCUCUCUGCUCUCUCCUAUCUUGUCCCUCUUGUCUUACUUGCUAAUGGCCGAAACACCGGAUGAAUCCAAGGUGCACUACUGACGAUGUGUCCCAAAUUUUAGUAUGAUAAUGUAGAUCAGAUAAUCCCUAAACCUAACCAAGGGCUGGUAAAGUUUCUGGGCUGCCUUUCCUCAUAACAGCCAUCCCUCAAGAUUUUCUCCA